CUUAAGGUAGAGGAGGAAGAAGGCUGUCAGUACAGCAGCAAAACCCAAGCCUUCAUUCUUAAAGCUUCAGUUUUGUAAGAGUGCAAUGGGGUGUGUGCUUCUUUUCUGGAACUACCGUUCCCUGUUCUGCCUGACAGUUGUAUGCUUAGUGUUUUCAGAGGUGCACUUAGGAGCAGCAGUACCUGUGCAACAGAAUGUGGCACUUCUUUCUAAAAUCUACCCUAGGGGAAGUCACUGGGCAGUGGGACAUCUGAUGGGUAAAAAGAGCACAGAAGAGGUCCCAUAUGGUUAUAAAGAAGGAACAACCUUUUAUUCAUCUUAUUCUGCUGAUGGCAAUCAAUCAAGAGGACAUCAGCACUGGGUAGAAAUACUCAAAGGUUUACUAAAAAUACUGGAAGAAAGUGAAGAUCAUAAUGGUCCACUUAUAAAGGAUGGACUUACUUCAUAUCAGAACAAGCCUUGGGAGUCUGCAGACAGUGACAAUUUCAAAGAAGUGGUAGAUUUUCUUGUGCGCAUAAUGAAUCUGAAAGGAAGCACUCAGAGAUGAACUGAAGAUGAAAAUAUUAAAAGGACUCGAGCAUCCCUAAGAGACUGAUUUGCAAUCAUUUUGUUUUACGAAGAACAACGUUUUUUUCUUUUGUGUUACAAAUGAAUUUUCUUUUAUGUACUGCCAUUAACUAAAUUUAUCUGUGAAACAGCAUCUUCUGGUUUGAUAUCCUUUACUACACUUUGCUACAGGUGUUUAUUAAAGAAUAGUUUUCCAGUUUUAUAUCCAAGCCUGUAACUAUACAUUUAAAUGUUCCCAUCAAAGUGCACCACAUUUUUUUUGCCAUCUACAUUCAAAGUAAAUAUACAAAAAGAUGUAAGUACUGAGGUUUAUUAUUGGUGGAGCAAAAUACAUUACAAUGUUACAGCAAACAUGGCAGUACCUGAGGAAAAGUAAGUGAGAUGCAAAGAGAUUGUCUAUGACAACUUUUAAAAUAUGAGUGAGCAUUUUUUCAGUUUUGAUUCCAUAUUUCAAAAUAAAAUCUCUUUAAAGAUUUGG